CAACGAGCGCGGACAUUUCAGUCAAUUGCGAUGUUGAUUCCUAAUAAGCAAAUGACUGUUAAGGAAAGAAAACAUGAUUAUCUUUACGAUCCAUUGUACAGUCUUUCGAGCGCAGCUGACCAUAAACGCGUUAUGGCAAAAAAUCAAACAGACGUAUCUAAAUUGGAAAAGUUGUUUUCUUUUGACAAUCUGUUUUGUGAAAUACCUGUAUAUCGUUCUUAUAUGUAUCGCCUUAACCAGAACGAUCCUGUUCCUAUGUCUGUGUCUAGACAAUUUCGCCCUGUAGAUGUUUGCAAAGAGUUAGUCAAAAUUCAACUAAGAAAAGGUGAAGGUCCUAUGGACGGUCAUAUAUUUGAGGGUAUGGAUCGGUGGAAAUAUUUCACUUAUAGUACAUCAUCUCUCUGUCCAUACCCUUCAGGAGAUCCAAAAAGUCUAGAUAUUACGUUGAAUGCUUUAAGAGCAAAUCAAAAUAUUACACAAGAAGAGUUAACACCAAAACCACCUGUCUAUGUAUCACGUCAUGUACAAACAAUGUAUCGUGAUUCUGAGGCACAAACUGAUCCAUACUCUCCACCAUAUGUUAUCAUCAAUCCAGGUGAAAAUCCGGAAGUUUUAAAAUUAACUUCAUUCACUUAUGGACAUGGACUUCCGGCUGGUUUAUUUGAAGUUGAAAAAAUUGAACGUGAUAGGCAACGACGAGAAAUCGAAGAAAAUUUACCACCGUUUAGAGAAAUUGCAGAUAAUCCAGCACAAAUUGCCAAACGACGUAAAAUUUUGGAAAGUUUAGAAAAUCGUGAAUGGUACUAUAGAGAAAAAGAAGUUGAAGCGAUACAAGAAGUUCGGCUAACAGUAAUCACUCAACUUUUACGUAAACGUGAACAACGUAAAGAAGAAGAGAUAUCUAAACGAUUAGAUCAAAAUUGGAGAGAAUUAUGUGCACAAAAAGAUGCAAAAUGUAAAGCUAUAAAAUAUCGUUAUAUUGAAGGAUGUUAUCUCUGUCGUGUAACUUAUAUUAGAACAGGUGAACCAGAGAUUGGCUCUACUUAUAAACCAGUAUUUAAAGUAGUCUAUUAUCGUGGUAUACGUUUUCAUGCAUCAUCCAAUCAAAUCAGUAUGUUCACUGCUCCAUCAGAUCCAUCUUCCAUUGUAACAGUGUUGAGUAAAUCGCAUCAAUCACUUGUGGAUAUUAGUGUACUAGACAAUAAUACCGCGGAUAAUAAUGCCGCCAACAAUAUUCAAUCAGUUAUGAAAACUGCAGCUUCUGGUACAUUAUUAGAAGGAACAUAUGAAUGGUAUGAUCAUGAUUCUAUUAUAUGCACUUUACAUCAGCUUACUCGUAAAGAAAAUCAACCUCCAACAAGAAAACGUCGCUGUUUAGGUCCUGUAAUACCACAAUUAACUGUUACCUUCACAAUAAAAUUUAAAAUUGGCAAUAAAAAAGGUUGCCUUCAUAAUCGACUACUAUGGGAUUCGUAUGUUAUUCAUACUUUUGAUAAAUCCAGUGAAAAUGAAAGUACCACUGUGUUGGAAUUAACAAAUCAACAUUUUCCUCCUUGUCGUUUUGUUCGUGUACGAAAUUUCAUCCCAGAUAUGACAGUGUCACCACUUUAAAUAUUUUGAUUCAUACAUAUCUUCACUGUUCUAUAUAUAUAUAUAU